AUGGUAUUACUAGAGUUCCUGAUACAGGAACUCUAAUUAUUACCUACUGAUAUAUAGCGCUAAAACUGCGCACGUCACUGCGAGACAAGAGACGGACUAUAAAGGAACUAAAAAUGGAUGUCAGUUUGGAACAUUAUCUUGUAACGAUUUUCUGUCUUUUAUGUUUCGGGAUUAAUUCAGGGUAUACUUUCGACUGUAUUGAUUACUAUGGCAAUGUUGAGAAGACAUGCCCAGAUUAUUACGAUGGGGUUUACCGGAACCGGUAUGAUUUAUAUUGCUGUGGGUCAUCUGGUAGCUUCAACUGUUGCAAAUUUGAUGAUUAUUAUGGUACAGGCUCAUCAGAUGACUCAGAUAAUGAUAUACCCGACGGUAUUAGCACUGCGAUCAUUGUGGUCAUUGUAAUCAGCAUCCUCAUUGUGCUUGGUAUUGUUGGUGGCAUUAUAGCAUGUUGUGUGUGUGGCGGCUGCUGCUGCGCUCAGAAAACCAAGACCACUAGACCGGUGACUACAUUCGUAGUCACACAACAAACCAAGCCUGCUCCGGCAGUUGUUCAACCGUCACACUUCACUCCGCCGGUCUCCAAUCCCCUACAACAGCAGGUAUACCCUCACCCUAGUGGCCCACAUCCACCACCUUCGGGCGUAGCAUCCACCUCCUGCUCAAGAACUAAAAUUAUCAAAUUACGUUGAGUCAAUAGCGACCCUUUUUCAACUUUAUUCAAAUGUUCUGUCUAUGUAUUUUGUAUUGAUGAUGUGGAAAUAAACUUUAUUGAAU